AUGGAGCUGCUCCCUGGUGAGGACUGCCAGGCUAUCUGGGACCGGAUCUUCCCCAAAGACCUAAGAAAAGACCACAGAGACUUGAACUGGCUCAUAGCUCACGGCGUGCACCCAGUGAAGGUGUGGAGGCACAGAAGAUUUUUUGAUGGAAUCCCUUCUGAUUCAAGAAAACUCUUCUCUGAAGAAAGAGCAGUUUUCAGGGUCAGGCUGCCUCUGCCCCCUGCUUUCAGGUUGGAACGUGCUGACACUUUUUUUCCUUGUAUCGUAACAGAUUGCUGCAAGGAAUGCACUGCAUGGCUAAGGUGUACUCGAAGGUGUGUCUGUGUGUCUGCUGUCGCACUGUUUGUGCUUGGCAUUAUCGCUGCUAUCAUCGGUUUGGCUGUCACAUUUGGAAUCCCACCACGUACGCCAGUGAACCGUUUCUGUGUGACCUCCAAUAAUCGUACUGGCUUCUUGUGUGAUGACAGAGAGAGUUGCAUUCCAGCCCAUCAGGUCUGCAACCGAAUCAGAGAGUGUGCUAACGGAGAGGACGAACAGGAGACAUUGUGCAGUGAUUUACCCAAUAGCCUUCCAGGAUAUUUGAUAUUCCGCUGCAGCUAUCCUAGCUACUGGAUCUAUGCUGAUAAGAGGUGUAAUGGAUUCAAUGACUGUGGAGACUGCUCUGACGAGAUGGGGACCUUGGCUGGCUGCCCUCCUUGCGGGCCCCAGUGGUGGAGCUGCACGCCGGUGUUCUACGAGUACUGCACCUGCGUUCCCAGGAGCUUCUGCCGAGAUGGAGUACAGCACUGCACGAGUUGGUCUGAUGAGUACAUCUGCAUGAGGUGAGAUGCCCAUGCCAAGAAGUAGCCAUGCAUCACUGGGCACGUUCUGCACUGCUGCCUUUUAGUCUCCUCCACCCUCGUUUGAAGUUGUUGUCCAAGAACAACGGGACCCAGUGGUUCUCUGCUUGCCACACCGCAGCGCUGGAAGGGGGAAAGCACGGUAGCUCAGCAGGCCGACCGAAGGACUGGGGGAUGAGAACUGCUGGAUGCUAAUCCCAUGUGUUACUGAUCCACUCUGUGGUCUUGGACAGGUCACGUGCAUCUGUCUUCCUCUGUUGCCCCAGCUGAGGAUCUUACUGCUCUAAACACCCUGGGUGUGGUGAGGGUUGAUUAGUCUUCACUGACUGUAGAGGGCUUUGAAGACGCAUCAUGCUAUCUAGGCAUGAAGCUGUGAUUGCAAAAUGUGUUUGCAAGCUUGCAGGGAGAAGUGGGAAAUCACAGUGGGUGUGGGUGCCAGCACUUUCCUUUCUUUCCUAGGACAUAUCUGACAAAUGCCAAUGUAUUGUCAAUUCAAACAGUAAUGAAGACCAGUAAGUGGUCUCUGACUGGUUUUCAUUUUGAUAACUGCCAUGGUUGCUCAUUAAUCACCAAUGUGUUGGCAGAAGGGAAAAGAAGUUCCCAUGGGGUUUUUUUGUAACUCCAAGCUACACAAAACCCGGUUGUAAAUCCUCUUCUCUGUCCAUAUAAAAAAAUCAAAAUCAUA